GAGUAAAUUAUCUUUGUACUCCUGUUCCGGUUCCAUUCGGAAAACGAUGUCUGUGGUACUUGAAACGUCGCUCGGCGACGUAACUAUUGACUUAUACACCGACGAACGACCGAGAACUUGUCUCAAUUUCCUGAAGCUAUGCAAAGUGAAGUAUUACAACUUUUCACUCUUUCACUCAGUUCAGAAACAACUAGUUGCCCAGACUGGAGAUCCAACUGGUACUGGAAAAGGUGGAGAAUCCAUCUUCACUCGACUCUAUGGAGAUCAAGCCCGCUACUUUGACAUUGAGUCAAAUCCCAGGAUAAAACAUAGGACCAAGGGGACCGUGUCCAUGGUCAACAAUGGCAACAACAUGCAUGGCUCACAGUUCUUCAUCACUCUUGCUGAUGAGUUGGACUACCUGGAUGGUCAGCACACAGUGUUUGGUCAGGUGGCCGAGGGCUUCGAGGUGCUGGACAAACUGAAUGAAGCUUACUGUGAUGAGGAACACAGGCCGUACAUAGACGUCAGAAUCUACCACACUGUGAUACUGGAUGACCCCUACGAUGACCCUCCUGACCUCAACAUUCCCGACAGGUCUCCAGAACCAACUAAAGAGAUGCUGGAUAGUGGGCGGAUUCGUGCUGAUGAGGAGAUCGAUGACACGAAGGGGUUGACGAUGGAAGAGGUGAAAGAGAAGAUUGAGGAGAAAGAGGCACAAGCUAAUGCCCAGCUGCUAGAGAUGGUCGGUGAUCUCCCCGAGGCAGAUGUUCGACCUCCAGAUGAUGUGUUGUUUGUGUGUAAACUCAACCCAGUCACAACUUCAGAAGAUCUGGAAAUGAUAUUCUCUCGGUUUGGAGAAAUAAAGAGUUGUGAAGUCAUAAAGGAUCAGAAGACGGGGGAAUCUCUACAAUAUGCAUUUAUUGAAUUUGAAAAGGAGGCUGACUGUGAGAAUGCCUACUUCAAGAUGGAUAAUGUCCUCAUAGAUGACCGCCGGAUCCAUGUAGACUUCAGCCAGUCCGUGUCCAAGCUCCAGUACAACAAGAAGGGCAAAGAUUCUGACCAGUCAAAACCAGCAUACACUCUCAAAGACACGUCAAGGAAAAACGAUGGCUAUGACCUUGUGUUUGACAACGAUGACAACGGUGCAUCAUCAGAAAAGAGGAAAAAGGAGAAGAAAAAAGAGAAAAAGAAAAAGACCAAAAAACACAGGAGUGGGAGUACUGACAGUGACAGCUCUGAUUAUAAGAAGUCUUCAAAGAAACACAAAAAGAGGGCCAGAGAAAGAAGUGAAAGCCCACCAAGACGAAGGUCGAGGUCAAGGUCACGGUCACCUGACAGGAGGAAAAAGGACAGAAGGAGAAGCCGCGAGAGAGAAGAGGACAGGAGAGAGAGAAGUCCAGAUAGGAGGCAGAAACAGAGAGACAGGUACCGAGAUGAUCGGGACUCUCGGCGAGACCGAGACAGGUAUCGGUGACCAAGACUCUGGAUGAACAUACAUUGUGAUCUGUGUGAUGUCAUGACAAGUUAGGAUUUUAUGCCUGUUACUAAUGAUGACAUGACAAGUUUACAGCAGGGCUGGGUGGACACAUGGUGCUGUCAUACCCAGGAAGAUUAGGCAGCUGCUUGUCAUGGAGUACCAUGGAGUACCACGGACUUGGUCAUAUUCAGCAAUGUCAGGAUGAAAUAGAUUGGUAGGAGGGAACAGUUCAACACAAAGUGAUUGACUCUGGUUGUAGAUACUUUAGACCAAUGACGUUCUGUCCAGUAGGUGUUUGAAAAUGAGGUGGAUGUUUCAUAGUGAGAUGGGAGGGGACGGAAACUAAGAAUAUAUUAUGACCAAAGAAGCAGAAUAGUAUUGUGAAUAGGAAUACCUUAGACUGUGCCUUAGGAAGACAAAUUUUCAUAUCAAAUACAUUUUUGUUCAGUCUAAACUAAAUUUACAUCCCAACUGGUGUAAGCCAACAGCUCCAAUGACAAUAUCCCUCCAAGAAUGUUUUCCGAGAAUCUGUUAAUUCUUUUCCCCCCAUCUUAAGAAAAAAAUGUAAAAUUCCACUGUAUUUAUGUCCAAAUAUUAUUGUCAUAUUAAAAGAUCUGUGAAAUU